CGCUGGGUCGUCAUGGUCCCCAACGUCAUUCCCGGCGAACGGGUCCGGGUGGCAGUCUUUCGCAAUUUCAACAAUUACAGUGAAGCCGAUUUGGUCACCGUCCUCGAACCCAGUCCGGAUCGGGUCGUCCCACACUGUCCGUUGGCCGCGGACUGUGGCGGUUGUCAACUCCAACAUGUCUCGAUUGAAUCGCAACGACGGUGGAAGACUACUCUGGUCCAGGAAGGAUUGGCCCAGUACGGAUUGACCGAUGUCACCGUCGCACCGACCCUCGGGACGGACCAAACGUACGGCUACCGCAGUAAACUGACACCGCACUACGAUGCUCCCGCGAAACAACCAAUUGGUUUUCAGAAAAUGACCUCCCGAAAAAUCAUCAACGUCGAGACGUGUCCGAUUGCGACGCCGGCUAUUAACGCCAAGUACCAGCAAACGCGACAAGAAUUGAUGAGCCAGCCGUCGAAACGUAAAAAGGGCGCCACCUUGCUCUUCCGUCAAGGCAACGCCGACGACGACUACGUCGAAACCAACCACCAGCAACCCUUGACCACCACCGUCCGAGGCCUCAACUUUACCUACCUGGCGGGCAACUUUUUCCAAAACAAUUACUACGUGUUGCCGCUCAUGGUGGAACACGUACUGGCCCGCGCCGUGGGGGACGACCACGAACAACCCACCAUGACGCAUUUGGCCGAUUGUUACUGCGGAAGUGGUUUGUUCGCCAUUGCGGCCGCGCCCUCCUUCGCCACCGUCGUGGGCAUCGAAAUCAACGACAAGGCCGUCCGCGAGGCGCAAGCCAACGCCGAGCGGAACGGCAUCGACCACUGCCAAUUCCUGGCCGCCAGUUCGGAAAACAUCUUUGCGGAAAUUCGGGAUUUCCCCCGAGACACGACGGUGGUGGUACUGGAUCCACCCCGCAAGGGCUGUUCCGUGGAAUUUUUGUCGCAACUGUACGACUUUGCACCACGACGGAUCGUGUACAUGUCGUGUGAUCCCACGACGCAAGCGCGUGACGCCCAAGGUAUCGUCGCGGCGGGCUACCGCAUCACGUCCGUACAACCCUUUGAUCUGUUUCCGCAAACGCGACAUAUUGAGUGUCUCAUGGUACUGGAACGGUCCCCGGCGCCGGGCGUAUAG